CUGCUACACUAGUCUCGUCUCUCUGUCCUUGACUCUUCUCCUCCUCGUCCUUGACCAAGGGCGACCCCGUCUCUCUCCGCCUCCGCUCCGCCGAGGGCUCCGGAGAAUCUACCAGCCAAGUAGGGCGCCCCUCCACCACCGCCCUGCUCGCCGGCGCCGCCCGCAGUCGCAUCCGGCCUCCAGGAGAUCCGGCGGUUUAUCGAGUUUGAAAGAUAAUUGAUUUUUGGGGGAACAAGAUCUCACAUGGAGCCAUCCUCGCAACCUGAGCCUGUGAUUGGUGUUGCUACUGCUGGGUCACAAUCAUAUCCUCCUGCUGGUGCCUAUCCACCUCCAACCAUGGUAGCUGGAGCUCCGGGUGCCAUUCCUCCCGGCUCACAGUCAACAAUGCCAUUCCCCACUAAUCCAGCUCAACUCAGUGCUCAGCACCAACUGGUUUAUCAACAAGCCCAGCAAUUCCACCAACAACUGCAGCAACAGCAGCAGCAGCAACUCCGUGAGUUCUGGGCUAGCCAAAUGGAGGAGAUCGAGCAGGCAGCUGACUUCAAGAACCACACCUUACCACUAGCUAGGAUAAAAAAGAUAAUGAAGGCUGACGAGGAUGUCCGAAUGAUCUCUGCAGAAGCUCCUGUUGUCUUUGCAAAGGCGUGUGAGGUAUUUAUCUUAGAGUUAACACUCAGGUCAUGGAUGCACACUGAGGAGAACAAGCGCAGGACCUUGCAGAAAAAUGACAUUGCAGCUGCUAUUACAAGGACUGACAUCUAUGACUUCUUGGUGGACAUCAUUCCUAGGGAUGACAUGAAGGAGGAGGGCCUUGGGCUUCCGAGGGUGGGCUUGCCACCUGCUGUAGGGGCACCAGCUGAUACCUAUCCUCCUUAUUACUACAUGCCAGCGCAACAGGUGCCCGGAGUAGGAAUGAUGUAUGGUGGACAGCAGGGUCACCCAGCGACGUAUGCGUGGCAGCAGCCUCAAGGGCAACAGGUCGAGACCCCUGAAGAGCCGCAGCAGUCUCAGUAGAUGUUACAAUGAAGUCAUGACAUGAUUGUGAACUAAAGGCCUCUAAAUUCAGGCUUCUGUUAAUUUAUGCCCAUCAUUGUUGGCUGGAACAGUUACUUCUGAUUAGGUCUUAGGGUUAUUGAUGGUAGUUUCGACGCUGGUAUGACAGCGGUAGGAAAAUGAUUGUGAUUUGUUAGGUGAUUUGCAACUGAUUUAGUGAAAAGUACUUUCUUUCCCCCCAAGCCUAUAAUCCAAUAUUCCGAAUGCUCUCCUAUGGAGAGCCCUGUAAGAAAAAAAAGAUUGGUGGAGGUUGAUGUCAUACCUCUGCUGGUUUGCCUCAUUUGCCAA